CUCUCUCUCUCUCUCUCUCCCUCUCCCUCCCUCUCAUUGUGUUUACAGCCUUGGAGAGCGCUGCAUAUCUGACAUUUCUCUCUCAAACUCCAACCAGCUCUGUUCUCAUCUGAAAGCAGAGAGGAGACAGAGAAGAAAGACUCUGUUUCUGUUGUGUAACCAAGACUGAACAACUUCAGGCCAGGCUGCCUGAAAACACCUGACCUGAGCUCAUCUCCAGACAACCGUUCCCUGAUUUCACCUCCUCAGACCAGCCUAGUCCAGCUCCGCCCGGUCCAAACAGGCCCAGCAGCCCGACCCCAAAUUCUCUCCUCUCACAAUCCAGCUGAUCAAAAUCUAACCAGCCCGCCGUCUCCAUGGAGCGCGUUCAGCACAUGACCAAGUCGGCCAUCCGCCGAGCGUCUAUGAUCGAGGUGAACCCGCAAGUCAAGAGGAACCUGCAGGAGCUGUUCGUCAACUUCACCCUCAUCCUCAUCUGCCUGCUGCUCAUCUACAUCAUCGUCCUGCUGAGCAGCUGAGAGUCGUACGCGGAGAGGGUUUCGGCAUGGCUGCGCUGUGGACGAGGGUUUGGCUGAGAUACGGGCUUUUUGAUACAGGCCAGAUUACUAAUUAAGCAAUAAUAGCACCCCCAUAUAUCAGCCCAACCCUGUUUGACCAUGAAAGAUCAUGGAGGUCAAAUGAAUCCAUGUGAAAACAAUAACGCUCUCUCAAAUUGUUUCUACCAGAGCUGAUCAGGGAUCAGCUUCCCGGCUUCUCUCUCUCAAGGGAAUGAUCAAAAGUGACCCGACUUCUACAGUUUAAACUUCACUGAUAUACUGUAUGUAUACAUCUGCAAGUUAUACUAGGUGCAAUGUGUAUAAACAUCAAUACAUCAUUGCUGUUUAAUUUCCCAUCUUGCUUCCUGCAGCCCAGGAGAGAGAUAAACAUGCUGGAAAAAAUUUUUUCCAUUAGUAUUUUCAUUAUCUCCUCCGUCUGCCACCGCCAGAGACAUGGCAGAAGUGUGUGUCACAUCACAUCUCUGUAUUUUGAAACAUCAAUGCUGCCAUCUUGGUGGUUACCAGAGCCUAAAAAUCCACAUUUGGUAGAGAGAAACUGGGACAGGAAAGCAGCAAACACUGUGGCUGAGAGAGCGAUAGGCUGAGACACCUGUCAAAUCAUCGCUACGACAGACUGGGUUAGAAAAUAUCUGUCAUGUCUGACUACACUGAGUGUAAACUAUUCUUGCCUAACAUAUAUAUAAAUAUAACGCUUGAUAUAAUACUUAGAGAUCAUUCUAAGCAUAUAAAGUAUGUGAAGUACAGGCUGAGGGCAUCUUCAACCUUUAGGCAGCUUACCUGCAGCUGCUUCUGAUGGGCUACAUGAACAUAUAAUUCAGCACAGAUUACUUUGUUUGGGCUUCAGACAUCAAUGUGCAUCUGUUUGGAAGUGUGCAAAUAGAGAGUUUUAAACACACCACACACAACCUCUGAUAUAGGCCUGACAUAUACAGUACAUGCAGUUUAUCCGUUGUGGAGAACACUUCACUUUGCAUGGUGUGAUUUCACUAAAUGAUGUUUUCUGUUUAUUCUGUUUAGUUAUUACAGCUAUUGUCGACUAAUGCUGACAUUUAGGGAUGUGUCAACAACGGUGUAUAAAAAUAAGUCAAACUCGUAAAUCUGAGGUGCAUCAUAGUCCACAAGAAUUUAAUAUAUAACUACAAAAAUCACAAUUUUCAUCACAACUUACCAGCCACAUUUACAGAUAAUUUAUCUUCAUUAUAGUUGGAAAUUAUUGAGAAGAAAUUGCAGUUUUGUUCUUCUAUGUGUGUUUGGAAGAUUGUACCACCUGACUUUUAAACUAUGGAACACCAAAGAAAUUGCAUGUCAAUAAAAUUAAAGUGGUUUCUCCUGUGUG